AUGAGCUCAUCCUCUCCUUUAAAACGUUGGAAAAAAUUUGAGCUAUUAGAUUUAGCAGAGAAGUUGGAAAUAGCAGAUGGUCUUUCAAAUUCUAAUAAGAAAGAUGAUUUGAUUGAAAUCAUUGAAAAUCGGUUAGAUGAGGUUGGUGACACAUUAAAUAUUGAGGAUGAAUAUCCAGAAUUACAAACUUAUUUUUCUAAACGUAAAAGUAGGAAUACUUCACAUGGUGAAACAUAUAACCUUGAAAAUAAUGAAAUUAGCAAUAAUUUUAAAUCCUCGCAAGACUAUGAUGCUAAGGUAGAAAAACUUGAAGAUGAGGAUGAAUUUCCAGAUGAAGAUUUUGCUGCUGAAGAAUCAGAACAAGUUGUACAUAAUUUGGCACACGAAAAUUCUCAUGUGAAUCUCAAGGAUGAAGAUGAAAGGACAAGAAUCGAAAAUACAGAUGAAUUAGAUGAAGCGUUAGACAAUACAUCAAGUAAUUUCUAUUCUUUUAAUAAAUCCAAGACAAAUUUCAACUCCUUAAGGUUUGAUAAUGAUCCUAAUGAAGAUGGUUAUGAAUUACAAGAAGGUACUGAGCUGAUUCCUGAUACCGGCAGCAAACAAGUUAAUAAGUCUUUUAAAUUCAAUUUCCAAGAUUAUAUGUCAGAUAUUACUUUGAAAGUAAAGAAAUGUAAUGAAAACGUACAGGAUUAUCUAUCCACUAUUUAUACUAUUGAAACUAUAUUCUACUCAAUCGAAUUAUACUCAUUGCUAGAUACUUAUUCAAAGAGAGAUAUUUCCAAUUUUAAUGAGAUCUCGUACGACAUGGGUAUUUGGUUACUAUUUUCCUUUGUCAUACCAUCAUUCAUAGCAUACUAUAUUAAUUUUAUUCGAUAUGAUUUACCAUAUGUAGAAAUUGAUCCAAUGAUUUUCCACAUCACAAAAUUCCUAAUAUCGUUAUUCUUCUUUUUAAAUGAUCAAAGAGGUAGGCCAAGUCUCUCAUGGAACCAAAACUUGGGGGUACUACCACUUGUAUUCUCCACUGUUGGUAUUUUGAUUACCCUUUAUAUUUUCUAA